CGCGCGGAUUUUUCUUUACGGGAGGACGGGAGGUUGCUAUUUAUAGUGGCCUCACGCGCGACCCUGCACCCACCGAUCACACAAUCCCGACUUCCCGAGGCCGCCCGGCCCGAGAGCACCGAGCACGCUUCUCCCAAACUGCACUGCUCCGUCCACGGCACGGCGAGGCGGGGACGCCAAAGCAAAAAGGCAAUAAAGCCAGCGGCCAGGGCCAGGACCAGGAGCCGGCGUCGGUGGAGGCUGAGGCAGAGGCGCCGAAGCGGCGGCGGCAUGGGGGUGCUGCGGAGCACGCAGAGCCUGGAGGCCGAGGUAGAGGAGAUGCGCGGCGCGCUGCUGCUCCAUGGCGCGUGGGCGUGGAGGCCCGGCGGGGGCGCCGCCAAGCGCGCGGCCCGCGCCGUGGAGCCCGCCGCCGCGGAGGCGCGCACCGUGUGCGUCACGGGGGGCACGUCCUUCCUCGGCUUUGCCGUCGUCGACCGCCUGCUCCGCCACGGCUACACCGUCCGCCUCGCCCUCGAGACGCAAGAGGACCUUGACAAGCUGCGGGAGAUGGAGAUGUUUGGGGAGAAUGGCAGGGAUGGGGUCUGGACUGUGAUCGCAAAUGUGAUGGACCCGGAGAGUUUGCAUGAGGCUUUCGACGGCUGUGUUGGUGUCUUUCACACUUCGUCGCAUGUGGAUCCAGCGGGCAUCUCCGGUUACACGAAACACAUGGCAGGCUUGGAGGCCAAAGCAGCAGAGCUGGUGGUGGAAGCAUGUGUGAGGACAGAAUCCGUGAGGAAGUGCGUCCUGACGUCGUCACUGUUGGCAUGCGUCUGGAGGCAGAACUACCCUCAUGACCGCCGCCGGUUCCCAACUACCAUCGAUGAGAACUGUUGGAGCGACGAGAGCUUGUGCCGCGACAACAAGCUGUGGCUGUCACUCGGCAAGACGAUGGCGGAAAAGGCGGCGUGGAGGGCCGCACGGGGAACAGACCUGAAGCUAGUGACCAUAUGCCCAGCACUGGUAACCGGGCCGGGGUUCCGGAGGCGGAACCCUACUCCAUCCAUUGCAUACCUCAAAGGAGCGCACGCCAUGCUCGUCCAAGGUCUGCUGGCGACUGCGAACGUGGAGAGGGUGGCGGAGGCGCACGUCCGCGUGUACGAGGAGCUGAGCGGCACGGCCGGGGGCCGGUACAUCUGCUACGACCACGUGGUGCGACGAGGCGAGGAGUUCGCGGAGCUGCAGCGGCAGCUGGGGCUCAGGGUCCCCGCGACCGCGACGCCCGACGGCUAUGGCGGCGACGACGACGACGGCCGGGCGCCGCGGUUCCAGCUCUGUAACCGGAAGCUGGCGGCGCUCAUGUCCGCGCGGAGGCGGUGCACCUACGACGCCUACUUCCCCAUGCCGCAGGAGUGAGACCGGAAGAGGAGAGAGAGCUGCUGAUGCUGGACAACGACUGGAGCGUGCGUGACAAGUGACCUCGUGUACAUAGCAAUAGUGGUGAUCGGCUCGCAUCAAUAUAAUAAAUCGGCCUCAAGUAUCCC